GGAGAAAAGUAAGAUAGUUAGUCUGGCCUGCCUGAGACGAGUGCCUCAAAGUAGUUAGGUUGGGCCCCAGACUAUGAGCGAGCCCAAGGCUCCAUGCACACCUCUUCAAUUGCCGCAAAAUUUUCGACGAGCCAGAAGCCUCGAUCUUCACGACAGUCCACCCAACGUCACACAACCAAGCUUCCGCCCCUCCAUAUUUCGCCUUGUAACCUUCGCCUCUAUAUCUGUAUGUCUCAAUACAACAGAAAACAACAGGCAGCACUGCCUGGUAACAUAUCGGUGUCGCAGCAGCAGCAGGCCCAGCAGGCCCAGCAGGCCCAGCAGAGCCAACAGAGCCAGAUCAACACGCAUAAAAGACACAUCCAGCAGUUUUACCUCCACAAACUGUUUGACUUGCUGUCAGAUGCUGAAUUUCUUCCUUUGAUUCCUUCCGAUCCGGUGGCCACGGCAAUCCAGGUCCAGGAAACAAUGAACAGUACAAUGGCCAUGGCGCCCGGCUACAUGAACCAUGCGAUGCAAAGACCAGAUCAGAUGGCUUUCUAUGGGCAAGCGGUACUGAAGGCUAGGCGGCACAGUGGGCAGUUUUUGCACCAGCAUCUCUUUGGUGGGAAAAGAAACGACUACGCCCAGUACAAGCAGGGCCCCUAGGUGACCAGCACGAGACAUGCCUAGGUGGUGAGUCAUGUGUUUCUCUACGGAAGGCAGCUAGUGCUAGCAGAUUUUGUACGAUAUAUUUAUGGAAACAGGAACGGUUUUUGGAGAAGGCAGGCCCAUUGAUGGUAUAUAGGGACCAGCCACCACGACAGCGCCGGCGUGCUGGAGGCCCGAGCUUAUAGAAAAUAAUAC